AUGAGAUUUCGACAGAUGUUUGUUACCAUCAAUGUGUUGAUGGACCACACUACUUCUGGUUAUGUUAUCCCUCAAAUCGAUGGUGCUAGUCACAUCAGAAACACUGAAAUAGCUAGCCCAGAUUUCAGAUCCACUGGAGUAGUCUUAUCACCCAGUAAUGAACGUCUCCAUCAGCAACAGAAAGAAGUGGACCAGCUUGAAGCACAGGCAAUGAAGACCUUUGGAUCCCCAUCUGUUACCAUGAAACAUCGAAAAAUGCAGAAUUUGCCAACAGCACCACCAGGCACAGGUCAUUAUCCAGUUGAACCAAUGAACCCAUCAGAAUUCAUGACCCCUGAACCAACCCCACAUGAUUCGAUCAACCCAUUUGCAGUGGCAAUUGGGAUAGUUGGUGGUUUGGCUGCUGUUUGUGGGGGUAUAUUAUGUUGCCUCCGGUUUGCUCCUGAGGGCAAAGGCCGUCCUGAGGUGAAGACACAGACAACAAAGUGA